AUGCAGGGACGGGAACGUUUACCUAGGCGGCAUGGGCUGCUUUGUCUACUGCACUACGCUUCUGUAACGUUGUAUCCUACCCGACAUAUCUACCCCAUAUCCACCCCAUAUCCACCCCAUAUCGUAUACCCGAUCCAUGCAGAACCCGCCCUUGCUGCAAACGACCCGUCGGCCCCUCUCCUCGUCGUCGCCAGAGACCUCGUCCUCGACGGGCUGCUGCUAGCGGGCAUGGGUGCAGUUCACAGCAAGUCCAGCGAUGCAGGCGACCUCUAUCUGCGCGACCAGACUCGAUUCUCGGUGGCCUCGCUCAACAUCACCAAUGCCCGCAACCGCACGCUUCUCAACAUCUCGCCCAAUGCUUUCCCCGCCACCCGCUAUGCUGCCAGGCGCGACUUUGGCGACGACAGCGUCGUCGAGUACAUCCAGGACCCCGAGCCAGCCCACCAUCACGACGGCCCCCCAGCCUUCCUCCUGCGCCUGCCCAACGACGAGGAACUGACCUUCAACUUCACCUUCAUCCUGCGCCAGCACCUCGCAGUUCCCACCAGCUACAGCGCCAGUACCGCCUCCCACGUCGCCCCCACCGGCCUGGUCGACACCAACAUCAAUGGCUUGACCUUUAUCUUCGCCCCGAGCUCAAAGGACCUGGAUAACCUCGUCACGCGCGAGUUCCACGCCAACCCCAACCUCCACAAGAACCCCCAGGUCGAGCUGGUCGGCGACUACUCCACCGGCGGCCAUUCGUCGGUUCAGUUCCAGUGGUCGUGGAAAUGGACGCCGCCCCGCACCCCAGAGUCGCGUGGUGGGGGCUGGCGCACAAGCUGCAGUUUCGUCGAGUAUGACCAGCGCGCACACCGGCUCGAGACGCUGGCGAGCUUUACAUUCUGGGUCCAGAACACGGCGCGCCAGCUGCAGAGCCCAAAGUCGCCUUCACCGCGCCUUGAACUUGGCGUCCCUCCCCGACUGCGCGUGCCCUCGGCACAAUCGAUAGAGUCUCGAGUGAGCGACUCGGCGGGCGAAGACCGCGAGUGGGACAACAUACCCCCGAGAUCGCCAAUCUGCGAGCCCAUUCCCGAGCACAGCCUGGGCCUCAUACCAAGCCAGACGACCACUCUGUCAAGCGGGAGUGCGCCGGUGAAGCUCGACGUGUCGCGUCCGGGAGAGGAUCUCAGUCUGACCGAUGAUGGGCCGCUAUUCCGCGCCACAAUGAAGUCGCUCGAACAGAAGACGGGCAACAUGCGCACAAGAUGGAAGAAGGUCCUCAAACGCGCCGAGUCGGCCAUGGAAGCUCAAGUGGCAUGCAACAAUGCCAUGGCCGACCUCAUGGACGCACUCAGAGAAGCCUCGUCGUCCAAUGCAAACGCAGUGCAGCCGGCUAUUGAUCACUACUUCGACAAGAUUGCCAAGGAGAUCCUGGGAUACGAAAAGUCAAACACCACCAACAUUCAAAAACUCAUUAUUGAUCCCAUAUACAAGCUUUACAACAUCGACAUCAAGCAGGCCGAGACAAAGCGGAAAGACUUUGAGGAGGAGAGCAAGGACUACUACCAGUAUCUGGGAAGAUACCUUGGGCAACGACAAGACUCGCUGAAAGAGAAGAAACGCGCAGAGACCGAUUCCAAAUACCAAGCAAAGAGGCGCAACUUUGAAUUGAAGCGCUUCGACUACUCGUCCUUUAUGCAGGACCUGCAUGGAGGCCGGAAAGAUCAAGAAGUCCUCUCCCAUCUCACGCGAUAUGCCGAUGCCCAGGCCAAGCGCUACCUAGAGACUGCAAAGAAGAUCGAGACCAUGUUGCCACAUCUUGAGGCUCUGAGUUGCGAGGUGAAAGAAGCAGACAAGGAGUUUCAGAUUCAGAGGACCGAAAGAGAGGAGAAGAGGCGAGCACUCGAGACGAUCAAGAAGACUUUCGACGAUGUGCCUGCGCCUUCGCUCACAUCUCCCGCGGCAUCAUCAAGUAGCGUACCCCGGACAACGUCAAGAUCCGACCCAGAGCCGCCUCCUGGCCGCAAGGGUAGCCUUGUGCCCAUGUUCCAGAGUACAGUCAUGCCUCCUCAGACUACUUCAUCUACGAGCAUCCCCUCCUCAAUAGCAUUACCACAAAGUCCUGAGGCUACCAAAGCGACUCUAGCCAUGGUGGCACCACAGCCGGACAAGUUCAAAGGGAUCAGAGACCUUGAAGAAAAGGAUCCUGUUGCAAUGGCCGAAGCUGGUUCAGGCGCACAUCGCAAAGAAGGUCUUCUGUGGGCACUGAGCAGGCCUGGAAGUCAUGUGGAUCCCAAGGGCCUGAACAAGCAAGCCUGGCACAAAUUCUGGAUCGUGCUUGAUCAGGGCAGGCUCUCAGAGUAUACCAACUGGAAGCAAAGUCUGGAGCUCCAUAUGGAGCCAAUUGACCUUCGCAUGGCUUCGGUAAGGGAAGCGCGUAACGCGGACCGUCGGUUUUGUUUCGAAGUCAUCACUCCACAAUACACUCGAGUGUAUCAAGCAACCAACGAAGAAGACAUGAAGUCAUGGAUCAGUGCAGUCAACAAUGCUUUGCAGACAGCCGUUGAGGCAGCAGGAAAGCCCGACCGGCCAUCAACCGACUCGCUGCCUGGGCAAACACAUCGCGACAUCGCGUCAGUGCUUACCGGCAAGAGUCCAUCAAUGUCAAGUCAUCGCAACACAUACGGCUCCAAGGCACCAGCGCGACAUGCUACAGUGGGCGAUCGGCCUGGCGGUUACCGACGGGAAGAGACGUUUGGCGACGAAGGCAAGCUGCUCAAGCAAGUACGAGAUGCGGAUGCUGGCAACAAGAUGUGCGCGGAUUGCGGUACUGAGAUCAAAGUUGAUUGGGUUUCCAUCAAUCUUGGCAUCAUCAUCUGUAUUGAGUGCAGUGGUAUCCAUCGGUCACUAGGCACACACAUCACAAAGGUCCGCUCCCUAACGUUGGACGUUACGUCGUUUACUCCCGAUAUCAUCGAGAUACUGCUCAAGAUCGGCAACCGCAUCAGCAAUGCUAUCUGGGAAGCAAGGCUAGACCCAGGGCUGAAGCCAGGGCCAAUGUCGACAAGAGAGCAAAGGCUGCACUUCAUCACGUCUAAGUAUGCUGAUCGGGCAUUCGUGGCACCCAUAACACCAAACAUGUCACACUAUGCAAACCCAGAGGAGACGCUGUUAGCGUCGGUUAAGAAAAACGACAUCCAGAACGUACUCUACGCGCUGGCACUCCGAGCGAAUGCCAAUGCACGCGAUCGGUCACGAGGCACACACGCAGUAUUUCUCGCGCUUGCAGCCGCCGACCCAGCAUCGCCUUCAGCGACAGCAUCACCUGCAAGCUCUCCAGGCUCAGCCACUCGCCCAGGCACAGCACAGCCUACCCGCAAAGCCUUCCCCGUCGCAGAGCUACUGUUGCAAAAUGGCGCAGAAUUACCGAUGCUGCCUGCACCCAUCCCACUUGGGCACUCGGCACGAAGCUAUCUUGACUUCAAGACAGAGCAACGUGCGGGCAAACGUCCAGCACCUAUGGUGGGAAGUCAGCCCCCACCCAACGUAGAAAAACUGCCGUCCUUGCCGCCUAUCAUGGCAGGCAACGGCAGCUCUCCAUCAGAACGGGCGCGUGAACGGGACGCACGACUGCAAAAGCGAGUCUCGGCAAGCGGAAGUUAUAAGCGCACGCACCCCGCCGCCGCAACUGCAAAGGCACUCAGUACCGCAAUCAUGGCGUCCGCAUACUCGAACCUACCCAUGGACGGCGACGACGAAUUCGACGAGAGCCAAAUCGACUUUACCGACAUUGAAGACCAGUUCCAGGUGCGGCUCGACGAGGGGCUCGAUGCCUUUGUCGUGAUCGAUGGAUUGCCCAUAGUGCCCGAGGACAGCAAGGCCAAGCUCGUCAAGUUUGUGCUGAGGAAGCUGAACAGCGUGGGCAAGGUCAAGGACGACGGCGUGCACAUGCCCGUCGGCGAGGCAGGCAAGACGGAAGGAUAUGCCUUUGUCGAAUACAGCGCGCCCGCAGAGGCGGUCGCGGCCGUCAAGCAGCUAAACGGAACUGCGCUCGACAAGAAACACACCAUGGCCGUCAACAAGCUCACCGACAUCGACCGCUACGGCAAGGAGGGCCGCAUCGACGAGGAAUACCACGCACCCGAGAUCCCGCCAUUUGAGCAGAAGGAGCAUCUGAGGUGGUGGCUAGGCGACGCCGACAGCCGCGAUCAGAUGGCCAUGUACCGCCAGGAGAAGGUCGGCGUCUUCUGGAACGAAAAGGAAGACCAGCCCGAGCAGGUUGUCGACCGCGAGAACUGGACCGAGUCCUUCAUCCAGUGGUCGCCCCAGGGAACCUACCUCACCUCCAUGCACGCCCAAGGUGUCCAGCUGUGGGGUGGCAAGGCAUGGAGCAGGCAGAAGCGAUUUGCCCAUCCCGGCGUCAACCUCGUCGACUUCUCGCCCGGCGAAAAGUACCUCACCACCUGGUCCCACCGCCCACUCCAGGUCGACGAAAACCACCCGGUCCCAUCGCUCUCGCUCGAGGAGGACGGCAAGAACUACAUCAUCUGGGACAUCGCCACAGGCAAGCCCCUGCGUUCCUUUGCGACCAUCGAUGUACCCGGUGGCACCGACGCCGAUGGUAACCCUGUCAAGAAGAAGCUGCAGUGGCCGACGUUCAAGUGGUCUUCCGACGACAAGUAUGUCGCACGUAUGACCCAGGGCCAAUCCAUUUCCAUCUACGAGCUGCCGCGCAUGAACCUUCUCGACAAGACCUCUGUCAAGAUCGAGGGCGUCAUGGACUUUGAGUGGGCUCCAGCAACACCCCGGAGAGAAGGUAUCAAGACAUACGAGCAGCUCUUCUGCUACUGGACACCUGAGCUCGGUAGCAAUCCCGCCAAGGUCGGUCUCAUGUCCGUUCCCUCAAAAGAGAUUGUGCGCACGCGAAAUCUAUUCAACGUCUCUGAUGCGAAGCUGCACUGGCAAUCCGAAGCUGCCUACGUCUGUGUCAAGGUCGACCGCCACUCCAAGUCCAAGAAGUCCCUCGCCACCAACCUGGAGAUCUUCCGUGUCCGCGAAAAGGGUGUGCCUGUCGAAGUCGUCGAUUCAAUCAAGGACACUGUUAUCAACUUUGCCUGGGAACCCAAGGGCAACCGCUUCGUGCUCAUCACUACUGGCGAAGUCAUCCAGGGCGCUGCUGUGGGUCCCAAGACUGCCGUCUCUUUCUUCGCCCCCGAGAAGCUCAAGGGCGGCGCACCUGGCAACUUCCGUCACAUCCGAACCAUUGACAAGAAGAACAGCAACGCCAUCUACUGGUCACCCAAGGGACGAUUCGUCGUUGUCGCCGCUCUCCAGUCUCAGCAGUCUUUUGAACUCGAGUUCUGGGAUAUGAGCUUCGACAGGCCCAAGGAGGAGUCUGAGAAGGGUGACAAGGAAGUUAACGCCAACCUGCAGCUCAUGGAUACAGCCGAACACUAUGGUGUAACCGACAUUGAGUGGGACCCUACCGGCCGCUACGUCGCCACCGUUGCCAGUGCUUUCCGUCAUCGCAUGGAGAACGGUUACCAUCUCUAUGACUUCAAGGGUACACUCCUCCGCGAAGAAGCCAUCGAAGGCUUCAAGCAGCUCCUCUGGCGCCCACGCCCCCCGACUCUUCUCUCCAAGGAGGAGCAGGCCGAAAUUCGCAAGAACCUGCGCAACUACUCCAAGGUCUUUGAUGAGCAAGACGUUGCCAAGAAGAGCUCCGCCAACAAGGCUGUGGUGGAAGCUCGUCGCGAGAUGCUGGAUGAGUGGCGCAGAUGGCGCGAGGAGGUCACUGAGAGGUUGCGCGACGAAGGAGCCGACCUCGAGCUGGCAACCCUCAAGGGAGAGACGCCUGGUCAGGCGGAUGAUGGGCACCAGGAAGAGAUUGAGGAGAUUGUAGAGGAGAUCAUCGAUGAGACCGAAGAGGUCGUGAACUAG